UCCACAGGAGAAGCACAACUCGUACGACACCUGCAAACAAACUCCAACCGACUCUCUCCUGGAGCAGAAAGACGCGCGGAGCUGAACCGAGAGUCCGAGAGGAAUUAAUGGCGCAGUGAAAUGUGUUGCGAGUGGUUACCAGGCACCAAACACACAAAAUCGCUUUCAAAAUAGAAAGUCGACAGACGGAUCGGGCUGCAGACGGGAGCUGAGAGGCAGAGAAACGACAGCAGGUUUUUGGUCGAUGGAGAGAAAAUGGAGGUGAACAGAAGAGAGGCACCUGUAUAUGGACAAGUGGAAGCCCGUGUGAGGUUACCAGCGAGAGCUCCCAAAGCUGCAGAGUUCUACGUUGUCGUACGAGGCUCUAGGCUUUCGCACGUCACUGCAGCGAAAAGAGGCGACGACGGCCUGAGUCUCUGCUUCACAGUUCCAGGCCACGACCUCGCAGAAGCCGCCUCCGUUACGUCGCACUGUUACACAGAGGGCCGGGUCGAGUCGUGUGAGGGCGAAGCCUCUCUUGAAUACCUCAGGGAUGUUGCCCAGGAAGCGGCAGAGUACCUAAAUGCGAACAGGGACCGGCUCGGCCCCCAGAGCCACCUGGAGGUCCUGAAAAGGUUUCCUACGUGGGGGCAGGCGGCCGACGACGAGGAGCUCGGUGCUGGACGGUCGGACUGCGGCGAGCAGGAGGUGCAGCUCGGACGAGGUUCAGGAAGUAAAGCCGGUCUGAGGGAGCUGGAUGAGAAGAUCACACAGGCUCUGGCGAACAUGGAUUACCCUCGGCAGUGGAAGAACGCCAAGGACAGUCAACCCAGAGAAGCUGCCGAGCUUCACCCCAAAGAAACCCUCCUUCACGUCGCGGUGCGUUUAGGGUUGGUCCGCCUCGCUCGUUUCCUAAUCUGCCAGCCCAGAGGUCAGAGGGCGCUGACCUCGCCCAAUCAGGAGGGAGAGACGCCCCUGCAGCUGGCUCAGAAGGAUGCACAGCGCGCCAUGUUCAGGGUGCUGGCAGCUCCUGCAGGUCCUGCCGCCGUCGGCCCCGUUCCCGGUGUGUGGUGCGUCUGGUCCGACAGCUCCUCCAUGCUGAGAUUUUGUCCAGGGACGGACUCUCUGACCCUCACGGUGCAGCAGGUUUCCGGUAGCCUCCCGCGGGACGGCAUUACGGCCCUGCGAGAGAGACUGGAAGACCUCGGCGUUCUCAGUCUGAUCGGCGUGCUCAGAGCUGCCACUGAGGUGGGAAAGAAAGACGACGAUGAAGGCCUCCAGAGAGGUGAAGGUGUCGGCAAGGAGCUCCACGUGGACGAGCAUGCGCUGGUGGACAACGUCUUUGAGGAACAGCUUGUUCUGUCUUUGGAUGAUGACGAAGAAGAGUGUCCGUCCUCGCUAUUUGUAAAUGGGCACCGCAUGCAGUCCGGCGGAGUCCAGGGCCAGUUCACGCAGCCCGCUACGGAUCCUCAGCUCUCCACGAUCAACAGCAGCGACACGACCAUCAAACGGCUGACACAGGUGGUGGAUGACGUUAAGUUUAGCAUCGGCGGAGUGACGAGGGCCAGUACGGGGACGGAUGGCGGCGUGUGGGACACGGUGGACUCGCGGGAUCUGCUUCUAGCCACCGACACCCCUCCACCGUAUUCAGAAGACUUCUACGCCCCCUCUGUGCCCCGCUCUCCCCCGGUCUCACCUGUAGACCAGGCCCUCACCAGGCUGAACCGUCCAACCUCCUCCUCCUCCUCCUCUAACCGGAGAGACAGCCCGCCGAUGGACACCUGCGACCUCAGCCCCAGCCUGGUGGCUCUGGAAGUAGACAGUGAAGAAGAAGAAGAAGAGGAGGAAGAAGAAGAAGAAGAAGAGAGCACUGAGCCAAAGUCUCCACUUUCACCGCUCUCAUCAGAUGUUGAGAAAAGUGACGACAGAAGGGAAACCUUUUGCCCCCCUCCGGUUCUUACUUGCACUCGCAGCCAGUCUGCCUCAGCAUGUGAACCCACCUCAAAGGAACUGGUGGAACAGGGGAUUCGGCUGCGCUCCUAUUCCUACUCUUCCCCCAAAAUCCCUUUUCGUCCCGCUCGUUUCGCCCGAGACAACCACGUGUCAGACAUCAGCCCCGAUGCCGUGCUCCACAGCGUCAGCCACAGCCGAUCUCUCCUUCAGGCCCUCUCUCUGUCUAAAUCUCUGUCUCUGCUCCACCCUGGUAAGCAAAGAGCCUCCAGCAUAUCGGAUCAGUCGCACGAGAAGAGGGAGAUUAGGUUCCGCAAACGCGCCCAGUCUGCCGACGACGAGGGCAGCGUGGAGCUGGCAGAGUCCCUCCAACAUCUCACGCUGUCUGAGUUUCUCAAAGAAAUUGAAGAGGAGGAGUUGGAUAAGUACAGCAUCCCAACCAAGGCAGAGUCCGACAAGUACAGAGUCAUCCGCACCUUCAGCUUCCUCAAGAGCAGGAUGUCCAGUACACGCAACAAGACCAAGGGGAAAGGGAAGGACCGGGAAACCAAGGAUAGGCAGCUGAAUGGGCAUCGCUUUGCCACCGGCUCCUGUUUAGGCCCCACAGUGUGCGUGGUGUGUGACAAACAAGCUUCUGGAAAGGAUCUCCUGCACUGCUCAGGUUGCACUGCUAUUGUCCAUAAGGGCUGCAAGGAUUCUCUCCCCCAGUGUCUAAAGAAACUUCAGGAUAAAUACGGCGUGGUGAAAAACAGAACAGCAUCCCUCCCGCAGAACUUCACAGUGAGAGACAGUCCAUCUCAGGCCACCAUCCCCGUUUCUACCUCUCUACCAGUCAUGACUCAGAAGGAGAAGAAGGACAGCGUGACACAGUGUCUGUCCAGAAGUUUCCCCAGCAGCGACAGUCGGCUCAGCGAGAGCUCGGAAACGGAGUCCGAUGGCCUGAAGCCGACGAGCCAAACGGAAGAGCUCCUCCCGACUCCGGUGUCCUCCACCUCCACUGACUCAUCGUUUGGAGAGGAUUGCGUGGACGCGUACAUCCACGGCGACAUCUCGGCCGACUCCGCGGACUACGAGGCCGAGUCGUGGAGUCUCGCCGUGGAGCACAAGUUCUGCAAGAAGCAGGACAAACGAGCUGUCAAGAGGCAGGAUGUAAUCUAUGAGCUGAUGCAGACCGAGCUUCACCACCUGCAGACUCUGCACAUCAUGGCCGAGGUUUUCCGGCGAGGCAUGAGGGAAGAAGUGCAGCUGGACGCCGAAGCGGUGGAGCGGGUUUUCCCCUGUCUGGACCAGCUGCUGCUCUUCCACCGCGCCUUCUUCCUCGCCAUGAAGGAGCGGCGGCAGAGCUCGUCGCAGCCCCAGGGACACAGGAACUACCUCAUCCAGCGGAUAGGAGACGUCCUGCUCCAGCAGUUUUCAGAAGAGAACGGAGAGAAGAUGAAGCAGGUUUACGGAGAGUUCUGCAGUCGUCACAAUGAAGCCGUCAGCUUUUUUAAAGAGCUCCAGCAGCACAACAAGAGAUUCCAGAGCUUCGUUAAGCAACAAGGUAAUAACUCUUUGGUGCGACGGAGGGAGAUCCCAGAGUGCAUCUUACUGGUGACUCAAAGGAUUACAAAGUACCCAGUGCUGCUGGAGAGGAUCCUCCAGUAUACUCAAGGGGAAACGGAGGAACACGUGGACCUCGCGAGAGCCCUCGCUCAGAUCCGAGAGGCGAUAGCGGCAGUGGACCUGAGGGUCAGCGAGUACGAGCGGCAGCAGAGGCUGCAGGAGGUGUGGAGCCGCAUCGAGAACCGCAGCGCGGCCAAGCUGAAGAACGGGCACACCUUCCGCAAGCAGGACAUGAUGGGUCCGGGACAGAUCCUCAAGCACCAGGGCCUGCUCCUGCUGAAGACCGCCGCGGGCCGACUCAAAGACGUCCUGGCGCUCCUUCUCACAGACACGCUCAUCUUCCUACAAGAAAAAGAUCAGAAGUACACGUUUGCCACUGUGGACCAGAAGCCUCCAGUCAUCGCUCUGCAGAAGCUUAUAGUUCGGGAAGUGGCGAACGAAGAGAGGGGGAUGUUCCUGAUCAGUGCCUCGGCCGCCGGGCCGGAGAUGUACGAGGUUCACACGUCGACCAAAGACGAGCGCAACACCUGGAUGAGGCUCAUCAGGGAGGCCGUGGAAAGCUGUCCGGAGGAGGAGGAGGAGGACACGAGCGAAUCUGAAGAGGAGAAGCGAGCGGCCGAGGCUCGUUUUCAGAAGAUCCAGAAGUUACAAGAGAGUUUGACGGGCCAGGACCAGCAGAUCUGCUCUCGCCUGGAGGAGAAGCUGCAGAUCUACGCGGAGCUCUCCGUCCUGAGCGGGAGGACGGACGCUUCGCUGGUUGAGGCGCGGCUGCUGGUCCAGCCGCACUCGGAGGAGCUGCCCCGGGCGGCUGUGCUGCUGAAUGCAGCCCUGCAAGAGGUUGAGAACCUGAAGGCCAUAUUGUCAUCCAAGGCCUGCUCCCCCUCAGCUCAGAGUCGACACUCUGACUCCGUUUUUCCUGUCAGUCCAGCCGCCCUCGCAGAGUCCUCCCCACCUGAAAACCCUGAGGGCACGGAGGCGCGCUGGGCCGAGGUGUUCACACCCCCUCGCUCCCCUGACGACUUGCAGAACCCCUUUGAGAACGACACCGACCUCCAGGUCGCUCAAAGCGUCCAAACCCUGACGCAGUUACUGUACAGUCUCCAGGCUGCAGUGACCAUCCAGGACAGCUGCUUGGAGAUCCAGAGGCUCCUCCUCCAGGAAGGCGGCCGGCCCUCGCCCCGCGCCCAGCGCCUGCACCUCCCCAGCAUCCGGGCCAACACCUUGCAGGAGCAGGAGAAGCAGCGCAACCUGGAGAAGCGGAAGGAGGAGGUGGCGGCGGCCCAGCGGCUCCAGGACCAGCUCCGGCAGGAGAAGGAGCGGUGGGAGCGCGAGUGCCAGGCCAAGGAGAGCCAGCAGGUGGAGCAGGAGAGCAGGCUGGGGGAGAGGGAGAGGCAGUGCCAGCUGGAGGCGGAGAGGCUGAGGCGCGAGAGGGAAGAGCUGGACGAGCAGCUGGAGGAGUACCAGCUGAGCCUGGAGCGGCUCCGGGAGGGCCAGAGGAGCGUGGAGAAGGAGCGCGAGCGCCUGGAGGGUCAGCAGACGCUGCUCCAGACCUGGAAGCACGGGCGGCAGAGCAGCCUGCCCGCCGCCGUGCCCCACAUGGUCAUCCCGCUAGACGGGCAGCAGGACUCGGGACAGACUCAGUCCAGAGACCACGCGGGCAACGGCUCCGUGUUCGUGAACGAGGCUGCGUUCGCCAGCGCCAGCGUCAACAAUCGGCACGUUCACCACAAAAGGAACGACCCCAGCGCGCACAACUGCCUGAACUCCCUGCUGGCCAAAUCCAACAGCAGACAGCCCCCGAUGGCUGCGACUCCCCACGGCCAACACUCAGACUCCCAGGAGUGGGUCUACAGCCCUGCAGGGAGGCUCGGCCUGCAGCAUGCAACCAGCGGUCACGGCUACAACGGGGAGACCUGGUCGUCAAUAGCGAGCGGAGCCGACCCGUACCUCCCGCGUCCCGUUGACCCUCAGCUGGACCUGAGCGCGCUGGUUUCCCUGGAGACCGACAGUGACGCGGAGGAGGGCAGGGAGGAGACCAUCGUGUAUCUCUGAGUGUCGGUGCGUUUUUGGAAAGCCGACGCAGCUCUCGGUGAAAGACGUUAACGGAGCAGAGAAAGUUUUUUUUUGUUUGUUUUUUUUUGUAAAGUGAGGAAUUACUGGAAACGGAGUUUAAAGAACUCUCUCUCACAUUCAUCAUGCACCUUAGCUCGAGGCACCAUUUGGGUGUUCGGUGUCUCCUCCUUUUCUUUUUACGUGUGGUCAUAUAUUGACUGUCUCGCAUCCUGCACCUCUCUCUCUCUUUAUUUUUCCCUUCCCACACAUCUCCUCCCUCGAGCUCUAUAUUUAUUAAAUUUGCCACUGAGGGAGGCGAAAAAAAAAAAAAUAUACAGUAUAUAUAUAUAUAAGUGAAACAGCAGGCUGCAUUUCUCUGUUGGGCAAUUGUCUUUCCACAGAGCGGGAUGCUCCUCUUUCAUUUACCAGACAGGUGCUGUUUAUUUACAGGACGAGCGCGGGACAUUAGAGCUGAAAGAUGAGGACAGCGCUGAGCUCUUCCCGCAGACGCGCUUUAUUUCUUGUUAUCUGAAGCAUGUUUUCCUUGGUAAAAAGACGUGGUUGGAAAGAGAGAUGUUGCAGUUGCUCUAAUAUGUCAGGGAGCACUUGAGAACUUUCCCUGACGAAUGUAGUCGAAAGACACAGUCGGAAUAAGGAGCCAGCUCGGAUCAUUUCAGGAAGUUAUUAUUUUAAGGGGGUCGGUCCACAACUUUGGCCCCUGAAAUAUCUUAAAUGCCAUUUGAUGGAUUGCGACCCCCCCACACCCCCACCCGAGGAUAAAUCCCAUUUGACAUUUGGGAUUUUGGGUGAAAUGUCCUGACAGCCACCGGAUGGAUCGUCAUGACAUUUGGUACAAACAUUAAUAACCUGCUCGGGGUAAAUUGUAAUAUUGUGGUCCUUCGGCUUUUUAAAACAUUUAAUUUGACUUUUGAUUCAUGAACAAAUACCUGCAAAAGCCUCCUCGCCUCCUGUACAAUCAGUUUAGUGCUAAUGUGCUAAUAUUAGCAUGCUAAGACAGCAAAAUAUGGUAAAUGUAAUACAUGCUACGUGCAUAUCAUUCUGUAAAUAGACCCGCGUGCCAAGGAUUUAAUCGUCCCCUGUUUGUUUUUACAGACACCGUAAAACUGAAUUGGCUGUUGUUAGUUCAUAAUAUAAGAGAAUGAGGCGGUGGCAGUAUUUUGAUGUGAUUUUAGUGCCCUGUACAUAGAGUUAUAAUUUGUGCUUUUAUUUAUUUAUUUGUUACAGAAGAGAUGUGAUGUCUUAUCGUGCCGUGUGAAGGGUUGUAUUGUACAUAGAUGUGUUAACUGAUUGUUAAUGUGCUAUAUAUAACUGCACUGUUAAAGAAUAUGAAACACUA